CUAUCUAGGUAAUUAGAGGAAAGACAACAGCAUAAAUGGGCACUUACGUCUUCCUUGUCUUGACUAUUAAUUGAAAGAAACCCGCCUUUAUUUGGCUGGGGUAAGGCCAAAGAUUAUUAUUAUGAUAUAAUUAGGGUAACUAAGGUAAUCUGAUAUCUGAUCUUGACUCGGGAAGAUUAAAAUGAAAUCCAGCAGAAGUACUAAUAUCCAAAACCCUAAUCUGGGCAUGCAUGUAAUUAAUAUAAAAGGAUGAAUCAGUUAAUUCUGAGGGCUUAUUUUCUCUGGAGAUGGAUGAAGUUGCAGAUCUGCCCUGGAAAAAACAGCAACUUAACUACUAGCUACGAUUCUAUAUAUAUAAUGAUUGUAUUCAUUCAUAGUGAAAGAGAUGGAUCAUGAACAGAUCUAGCUAGUACGAGAGAGAAAGAAGAGACCCAGAUUUGAGUACCCCAAAAACAACAGCUAGCACAUGAAUUAAUGCGAAGAAAGAAAGGGACAGAAACUGAAAGUUGAAGACUUUAGCAGCAGAUCAAAACAAAGUAGUAUUACGAGUAGUGUAGAUAAACAAAGAAAUAAAGAGUAACAGUUGAUAUCGGACCGAGAUGCUUGAUUCCCCUUUGAUGAUUUGGCUUUAACCAAUCUGGCCUUCCUCCAGCCAGCCAGCCAGCUAAUCUAAUCUAUCUGUCUGUUGCGCGCAGAGAGAAGAUGGCAUGGACGGAUCAAGGAGUAGUCGUCCUCCUCUCUUUCAAAAUCUUCAACUAGCUAGGUAGCAAUUGAUGAUGAUGAUGAUGAGGUGGGAUUUGAGAGCUGAUGAGAACUGAGAACUCAGCAGCAGCAACCAAAGAGUGCUAGCUAGAGCUACAUAUUAGCUGAUUAAAGCUGGGUUUGGAGGGCCGGCUGGGCUUGAUCUUUAUUGUUGUUUUUUUCUUUUCCCUUGGCCCUCUUUUUUCUGGUCCUUGGUAACAAGGCCAAGAAGGGUAAUGAUGAUAUUUUGGGUAUGAUGAUGAAGGAGAAGAAGCAUGAGAAACAAGGAGUUGGUGGUGGUGGUGGUGGUGGGUGUAAUGAUGGCGAUGGAGAGGGUGGUUCAGAAGGAGAAGAAGAAGAAGAAGACGAAGAGCGCAUGGUGGUGGUGGAAGAACGAUGAUGACAAAACAUUAUCAUUGCUCCCCUCUCUCUCUCCCUCUCCCUCUCUUUCUAGCGAUGUGUGCUUAUCUAUAAGGCUGAUGGCGUUGAAAGAAAUGCACCAAAAAGGAAAGGAGGGAAACAUUAAAAAAAAAAAAGCUGUGCCGGACGGAAAAAUGUAAACAGAAAUUUUCUAUAUUGAUGUUUUUGUCAUUUAUAAUAUCAUAUAUAUAACUAUAUAAAAAUGUUAUUUGUUCUAAGGUUUCUGUGCCUGCUUUCCUUCCUCUCCCAGCCUGUAGUAUUACUGGUGUCAAGACUGUCAGGGGGAAGAGACGGAAAGGUAGAAGCGCCACAGAGAAUGAUGAUGGAUACGUGUGUGUAUCAGUGUAUGUGUUGGGAGUCAUCAUCAACAUCACACCCCUCCCAUCCCAAACCCAACCUAGUUAAUUAGGGCUUUCUUCCUUCCCGACCUUCUUUCCUUUUAUCACUUUUUCAUCAUUUAGACAAACAUUAAUGUGUUAUAAAUCGAUUCGAGAAAAAUUCGUUCGAUACUCGAUUCGUUUUAAUCGAACCGGCUCGCGAACCAAACUCGUUAACUAAACGAGUCGAACUCAAGCCAUAUCAUGUUCAGUUCGAAAGCUUGCGAACAAGCUCAUUUAACUCUUUGGCAUAAGAAAUUAUUAGAAUUCAUGGAUUUUAUGUAUUGGAAUUGGGACAAAUAUUGUGUUUUAUUUUGCUGGAAUUUGCUACAGGUUUGAAUGUAAUUUUGUGCCAAGUUCUAGGUCAAUUUUGAGUUAUUAUGAAUAUUUUAUGAGCUUAACUCGAUUUUGGGCUCGUAAAGCUUAUUCGACGAGUCGAGCUCGAACUUUCAUUUUCAUAAACGAGCCAAGCUCGAGAUUGCAUAUUAAAACUCGUGAUGAACACGAGCCGAGUUCGAGCUUGGGAAUAUAUUAACGAGCCGAACCCGAACUAUGAAAAAACUCGACUCGGCUCGGAUCAUUAAUAGUCCUAGUUAUAACCAAUCACAUAGCUAGAUAAAUAAAUGCAAAGUAUAUCUUUAUAGCGACUAAUGAAAUAAAAGGAGUAUAUAUAUCUAAAUUUUUGGUGAUACACUCACAAAAAUGAGUGUAUACUAUGCAUCUUCUAAAAUUAGUCUUAAAAUUUCAAAAUUAAUAUAAUUAUAUAAUAAUAUAGAAUUACAACUAAUCAUUCUAUUACUCUAAACCGGGUGCCUUUAAUUUUGAACCCGAAUCAUAAAUCACAAAGUGUAAAAACUCUAAACCCUAAUCUUAAAUCCUAAGCAUUUCAAAUUAAAGUAAAUCUUGAAUAAUUUUUGUAAAAAAUCAUAUAUUUUUGAUUCAUCACAUCAUAAUUUAUAAUUGACAUCGUUUUGAUAUAAAUCAUCUGCUCAAAAUAACAAUUAGAAAAAAUAAGUGCACCAAAAACAAAAUCCUAAAAAUACCUUACAACUUCAAGUUAUUUGUGCCAGUCUUUUGAUUAUUGAGUUAACCCGCAUAACUGCAUCAUCACAUUGUCAGCAUGCACAAGAAUGAGCUCUUUGUUAUCAGUAGGAGUAGAAAUCGGUAUGGUAUCGGUACCCAAUACCAAAUACCAAAAUUCCGAAUACCGAAUUACACUCGAAAGUCAAUCCCAAUCCCAAUUCCUAAAUAAUUUCGGUAUCUCGAUUUCAAUUCCAAUCCCUAAAUAUUCUGGUAUCCCAAUCGUAUUAUUGAAUACCAAAUUAAUUAUAUUUGAAAUAAAUAAUUAUAUAAAAAAAUUAGAUUUGAUUGUUUAAUUUAGAUCAAAGAGAUUAAGCGAAGAGUCUUGACUCUUGAGUUUGCCUAUAGCUAGGAUAUGGAUAAAGAGAAUGAAGGAGAGGUGACAUCUCAAGUUCUUGUCAUUGGUAAUCUAUAAUUUGACGAAUUGGAGGCUGAGAGACGACUAAUACUAGUGUUUGCUUUUUUGGGUUAUGAAAAUAACAAGUGGUUAGGUGAGAGAUGAGAGUGACUUAAAUUGGAAAGUCAUAAUUGAGUUGGAUGGGGACUUCUAAGUUGUGAAAGAGUGAGGAAUGACUAAAAGUUGUGUGUUAUA